UCGAUUUAAAAGGAAAGAAGAAUAGAAGCCCAACGCAAAGGAGGAGGAGGCAGUCGGGAACGACGACAUGGGUCAGUGCUCCGCCAAGAACAUCGCAGUCGCCAUGGACGCCGAUGCCGACGGCGGAGACGACCACCGCCGCCCCCAAUCACCUCCAACCGCUUCCGCCCCUGCCGCAGCCGCCGCCGCCUCCGGGAUGACCCCCGCCAGGAGCACCGUCACACCUGCAGGAUACUCCUCAUCCGCCGGCUCCUGGCCCAGUCCUUACCCCCGGAGCGCCGCCGGCAGCCCGCUACCCCCCGGGGUCGCCUCGUCUCCGGCGAGUUCCACGCCCCGGAGGUUCUUUCGCCGCCCCCCGUCGCCGGCAAAGCACAUCAAGGCGUCCCUCGCCAAGCGCUUCGGCCGUCCCAAGCCCAGCGAGGGACCCAUCCCCGAGGACGGCGGCGGCGUCGUUGUGGGGCAGGCUGAAGGGGAGCGGCUGCUGGAUAAGAGCUUCGGGUACGAGAAGAACUUUAGGGCCAAGUACGAGGUCGGGAAGGAGGUGGGGAAGGGGCAUUUCGGCCAUACAUGCUUGGCGAUCGCGAAGAAGGGGGAGCUCAAGGGUCAGCUCGUGGCCGUCAAGAUCAUCUCCAAAGCUAAGAUGACGACAGCAAUAUCGAUUGAAGAUGUUCGUAGGGAAGUAAAGAUCUUGAAAUCUUUAUCUGGGCAUGCAAAUCUGGUCAAAUUUUAUGAAGCAUAUGAGGAUGAUCUUAAUAUCUACAUAGUUAUGGAAUUAUGUGAAGGUGGAGAGUUAUUAGAUAGAAUUUUAUCCAGAGGUGGAAAGUACGCAGAGAAAGAUGCUAAAAUUAUUGUCAUGCAAAUGUUGAGUGUAAUUGCCUUCUGUCAUCUUCAAGGCAUUGUUCAUCGUGACUUAAAGCCAGAGAAUUUUCUAUUCACUACAAGGGAUGAAAAUGCUCCCAUGAAGCUCAUCGAUUUUGGUCUUUCUGAUUUUAUCCGACCUGAUGAAAGGUUAAAUGAUAUUGUUGGCAGUGCAUACUAUGUUGCCCCUGAAGUUCUACAUAGAUCAUACAGCACAGAAGCAGACAUGUGGAGCAUUGGUGUUAUAACAUAUAUAUUAUUAUGUGGUAGUAGACCCUUCUGGGCACGGACAGAAUCAGGAAUUUUCCGUGCUGUCCUGAGAGCUGAUCCUAAUUUUGAUGAUUCACCUUGGUCUGCAGUAUCUGCAGAAGCCAAAGAGUUCGUAAGAAGGCUUCUGAAUAAGGAUUAUAGGAAAAGAGUGUCUGCUGCAAAAGCUUUAACUCACCCUUGGUUUCGAGGUGAGCAGUGGCAGGUCCCUCUGGAUAUACUAGUCUAUAAGUCAGUCAAGGCCUACCUUCGCAUCACUCCAUUCAAACGUGCUGCACUAAAGGCACUGUCGAAGGCUCUAACUGACGAUGAGCUCAUGUAUAUAAGAUGUCAAUUCAAUUUAUUGGAUCCAAAUAAUGAUGGUUACAUUUCUCUUGAACAUCUUAAAAAGGCUCUCUGGCGCAAUUCAACUGAUGCUAUGAAGGAAUCCAGGAUUCCUGAUAUCUUGAAUGCAUUGGAGCCACUCUCGUAUAGAAGGAUGGACUUCGAAGAGUUUUGUGCUGCCACAAUCAGCCCUUAUCAGCUUGAGGCUUUGGAAGAAUGGGAACAGAUGGCAACUACAGCUUUUCGAUACUUUGAGGAAGAAGGCAAUCGAGUUAUCUCUGUCGUGGAACUUGCACAGGAAAUGAACCUUGCUCCAGCGGCCUAUUCUAUGGUGCGUGACUGGAUACGACAUGCAGAUGGAAAGCUCAGUUUUCUUGGUUACACCAAAUUUUUGCAUGGUGUGACGAUACGCAGCUCCAAAACAAGAUACGACAAUUGAACUCAAAAUCACAAUUCAUCUUAAUUGUUUUUGUUCAUGUCAUUCAUCCUAUAUGGAAUUUUGCAUGUUUUUUUGGUUGAUCUUUUUUGUUGUGUUCUUUUUAUAAUUUUGUAGAAAAUGUGUUGUACAAAACGAUUGUCAUAAUCAAUUGCAAAUGUGCUUAUAUGGGUUCAUCUA